AUGCAGAUAGAAACGUUUGACGAUGCCGAUGACGAUGAUUUUGUGGGUUGUACGCGAACUGUGGGUUUUGACAAGGGAGUGCCGUGGGAAGAAGAGGAAGAGUCGAAAAGGGAGAGUUUUGGGCAUUUUGUGGAGAAAGAAGUGAGAGUUGUAACCACGGUUGCCAUGAUGAGCCGUUUGACUGUGUUUUCAGGUUUUAGACCUACCUGGAGUGGAGUAGAGCGAAGUGAAGAGGAAAGCGAGUAUUUUUAA